GGGAAGGGACGGACGUGGAUGUUCACAGCGGGGCCCGCGGCAGAGGUGUCGUUGCAGGACGACACAGCUUGGGUUCAGGAGCGCGGGAUGGAUGUAUGGAUGACUGAAUUGAUGCCCUUUCCGCCGUAUGACGUCGGCAUGGCAUCGGAUGCGAUGUACUUAUGGAUGCCUCAGGCAGAGGAUGAUCAGUCGGCCCAGACCACACCAUCGGGCACCAUGAUUAGCAAGGUAAGUAAGAGAGAUCUGGGUCGGAAUAUGACCCCAUGAGUGAUCAACAGGUUUGCUGGUGUGCUGUGGUGUGCGUUGUUUGAUGCAGUUGUGUACUGACGCUAGUUUGUUGCGCGAGGGCCUCCAGAGGCUGCAGAGGGACGCACAGCAGAGCCGUGAGGCGUGCCAGCGAGAUGGCGGCGGGGUGGCCGAGGCGUUGCUCUCGUCUGUGGUGUCACAAGUGUCCGUUGCUGAGGCCUCGAUGGCCGGUGCAAUGGACUCCCUCACCGCAACGGCGGCCAUAGCCCUCCCGCAGCCAAUGGACGACGUCAGUGCGUCCGCUGCUGCUGCUGCUGCUGCUGCUGUGGCCAUGGAAGCGCCGCCCGAAGAGCCCAAUGCUGAGGUCCGGAGGGAGGGAUGAAUGCGGGGUGGCAUCUGUUCAUUUCUGUGCUGUUGCUGUGUUGCUGGCUGGUGCAGAGUAGUGCUGUGGUAGAGGAGGAGGAGGCCGCCCCGACGCCAUCGUUUCGCCUGGUCCACACGUCGGGGAAACCGCCGCCGAACAGUGGACCGGUAAAAGCAAGACAACAAAGACCGCCCAUACGUGCACGACCCUGUCGACCUCUGUGUGUGAAUGUGUGUCUUGUACAGCCGUCCCUUCGCCUCUCCCCCGAUGAGCUGGCGUGUGUGUUCGGCUUCUACCAGCCCUCAGAGCUGACGCGCGUCGCCACCACGAUCGGCAAGACGGUCUUCGGCUGGGCGGCCAAGCGAUACACCCACCUGACCAUCGACGGCUCGGACAAGGGCGGCGUGCGCCAGCAGUGGGAGCGAAUGCCCCUGGAGGUGGCACACCGGUGGGGCCAGCGGGCCACCAACCUCACACACCUGCACGUCAUCUACAAGAACCAAGCCAGCCGCUGGUGCCGUGGGACCUGGGUGGCGCUGAUCGACGGCAAUGCAGCGGCCAGGAAGGCCAUGAGCCGCGAGAGGGAGGGGCAGUGCGGGGCAGCGGCAGCAGCCAGAGGGCCGGACAGGCCAUCCGCGGCGUCAUCCAUCAAGGUGCUCAGCUUCGAGGAGGACAGCGACGGAGAACCAUACGAUGAGGGUGAGGACGUCUCGUCCGCCCCCCUGCCCCCGUCCCCCUUGCCCGUCGACCUGUCGGUCCUCGAGGAGGUGCACGACAUGCCAUACGCCUGUGCGGCCGUCCGCAUGGGCGACCGCGUGUGGCAGACGCCAUCCAUGCGGGUCAUGACGCUCAAGCAGGACGAGUGCGAUGCUGAGGCCGUGAUGGCAAAGUGGAUGGCGUCGUGCGAGCAUUUGGAGGUGUUUGACGACGGAAGCAUCUUCGAGAUCACGACAGAGCUGCUGACCAUGCCGCCCCCCGGCACCUCCCUCGUCCGCCUGCGGUCCAUGGGCACCCUCAACCUGGACACCGUCGGCACCAUCAAUCCAGGUCGGGUGGCCGACCUGCGGCAGGCCCUUGUGGCGCGGGGAUGUCACAUGUCCCUCCGCGAGCUGCCCAUUGAGGCCACCGAGAUCACGGCUGAGCACAAGGGGCUGCUGCGGGAGGUGCCGUCGCUGUCGGCGGCAGUGCUGCAGCCGGAGGCCCUCAGCCAGCCGCAGGUGGUCAAGAAGGCAGACAAUCUCGAGAUGGAGCUGGAGCUCAUCGAGUGGAUGGCCGAAGAAGCGCCUCAGGUAGCCAAGACACCACGGGCUGCUGCGCCUCAACACCUUCAGGCACAAUUAUCCCCAAUGCGGUCUGUCUGUGUGCCUGCAGGUGCAGAAGCUCGUUCGAGAGUUUGCCGCUGUCACCGAUGUGGUCUUCUACAAGAACGAGCUCACCGACCCCAACGCCGCCGGACACGCGGCCGCAUAUUUCCCCCGCGCCACCACAUUCCGCUGCAAUGCGGGACAGCUGCCGCCGCGGGUGCGGAGCGGCUUGGCCAAGACGGUCGCCAACAUGCCCCAGUGCAACACCAUCGAAUUCGUGGAUAAUCUCGAGGCGCACCAGGAAGCGCCGAAGAAUGCUGUGGCCUUCCUGGAGUCACUCAAGAGGCACAUGGCCACAGGGAAGGGGCCGGGGGCCGGGGAGGGGGGCGAUAGCACCGAGGGGGCGACGGAGCGGAGCCUGUCAGUGCAGAUUGAGGUGUCGGCGAAUGGCAUCUUGCACCACAGCCGGCCGCUGCAGAAGUGGGCGAGCCACGACCUGCCGGCCAUCGACGAGGUCACCGUCUUUGUGAUGGGUAAGCACAGUGGGUAAGCAGGGCCACACGAGGUAGACAGCCCACCUGAGCAGCACACACAUCACAAGCUUUAUGUGUGUUGGCUGCUGUGUGCAGACGGGCUAGAAGAGGACGACUCGAUGGAGGCCUUGUACGGCUCGGUGAUGGCGUCGCUCGUCGGCAUCAUGUCGCGACCCGGUGUGAGCAAGGCGUCCAUUGUCUUCCUGAGUCUUCACGACCUUGGCCAUAUGAGGCGGCUGUUCCAGUCGCAGCUCGCAUGGUUCAACCUGCUGGACACACCAUACACCAUCACCAUGGAGGAGGUCACCAUCACCGUCGAGACGCGCACGUAGACGAUACCACAGCUGGUGAAAGGGAACGAACAGGGCGGACAGAGAGGGCACGUGUGUGCAUCUACUUGGUCGUCUGUUAUGUUUGUGUGUGCGGUUUCAGGUAGCCGUAGACAUCGGCAGCCUGACUGCUGUUGGGGCAUUGGUGGCUGCGGGCGGGGCGGAGGGGAAAACAGCCGAUCGAAUCUCUGUUGUUGAUUGUGGAUAGACACUAAAGGAUAAAUGGACGGAUGGAUGGAUGGGGAUAUGUGUUGCGUGCAGCGGCUGUCAAUGAGUGUGUGAGACCAACUGCUGGAAUAACAUGAAUCCGUG